UCCGACAACUUUGAGAAGCUAUUCCGGGUCGGACUCCAAUUUAUUGUCAACUGAACCAAACAAACAAUACGUCAUUAACUCAAUACCUAAAUUUCGAACUCAUCGCCCUCAUCCCCUAAAUUCUGGUUUAUUAUCUGCAAAUAUUAAUCAUUUGUGUGAGUUCAAUUGUUAUCUGAUGCGCGGAUCUUAUUGCAGAAUGAAAUUGCAUUGCUUUGACAGGAAAUUCUUCCACUCUUCGCCUACGUUGACUCCCAUUCAACUCCCUUCACCAAUGGAAACCCAUUUGUGGUAUGUUAUACCUAGUGAAGUAAAGAGUGAAGCUUUAUUGAACCAGUAUUUGGAUAUUCUAUCUCCAUGUGAGAAAGAGACUGUGUUUCAAAUGCGGGGCGAGGAGCCGAGGAAGAGAGCCCUGCUGGCUCGUGCAUUGGUCCGCACUACCAUUGCCAGAUAUCAGAUAAACUCCCAAGUUAAUCCAAGAUCAUUGAGGUUCAGAAAGAACGUUCAUGGGAAGCCUGAGCUAGAAUGGAAUUUCAGUGAUCAUUGGCUAUCAUCUCCCUUGCAUUUCAACAUCUCGCACACUUCUUCUUUGGUAGCUUGUGGAGUAACCAUCAAUUCUCAAAUCGGCAUUGAUGUGGAAGAAAAGCACAGAAAUAUAAAACACAAUAUCUUGUCUUUUGCUCGUCGAUAUUUCUCUAAAGAUGAAGUUCAGUUCUUAGCUGAUAUUUUGGACCCUGAAAUUCGACGCCAGGAAUUUGUAAAAUUAUGGACACUCAAGUUCACAGUUUUUCACUUGAAGUCAAUUUAUUUCCAGGAGGCAUAUGUCAAAGCACUAGGAAGGGGAUUUUCUGGUGUACCUUUCAAGACAUUUACCAUUCGGAAUAAAGGUGGAGCUGGCUUUAGUCCAUUGGAGAAUUUAAAUUCUGAGGCUUGGCAAAUAGUGGUGGAUUCUUUUGAUGACCCCAUAGAUCUUACAAGUAAUUGGCAGUUUUUGCUCUUAGAGUUGGCUGGUUCUCAUUAUGCAGCCAUCUGUAUGGAAAAUAUUGGUGCCGUUGAAGGGAAAAGAACCGUUCCAGUCAAGUUGAAAGUGUGGAAGACAAUUCCAUUUUUAGAAGAUGAAUGUGUUUCAGGAACAGAUGCAGUUAAAUCAAUCAGCGGCUUGAAAUAGUUAUAUUCAUUUUGUGACAUCCACUGAUGAUCAGCAAAAGUCGGGAUAUUUGGAUGUGCAUCAUUCUAAGCCUAAGAGAUGUAAAUUUUCAAAGUUGAUGACAAUCAACUACCCCAGUUUGAUCAAUUGGCAAACAGAGACAUCGGCUAGUGCAACCUGAUUUUCAUGUUGUAGGGCCUUCGAAGUAAUUUGCACAAAGUGGCCUUCUAUUGACUUGAAGGAUACAGUUCUUUUUGGCCCAUGAGUAGGUUGUUUUCCAUAGGAAUGAAAUUUGAAAAUCUGAGAAUUAUUAUCAUUUUUUUUUUUAUACCUAUACAUGAAUGUGAUAGAACUCUAACUUGUGAUGCUGUGAAUUCAAGCAACUGUGAGCAAGGAACUAGAAUUUUUUAAUAUAACAGAGGAACUAAGUGAGAUAACUGGAAUUGAAAAACAA